AUGCGUCUCCCAUGGAUCACCCGCCUCUUCUUCCUCUCCCUGAGUGCUCUUGUUCUUCCCGCGAGCGCGGAAUAUGUCCUUCGCUCAAGCUCGCUGGCGACUUGCCAGGAAAACUCCGGCUUUAGCGCCAGUUUAUUCGAUGUCGUUUUUACUCCUGACACCGCCGAACCCAGCGUCCUCGUCAACCUGAUUGCAACCUCAUCCAUCGAAGGACAUGUCAUUUUCGAUAUCUCCAUUUAUGCAUAUGGUUAUCCCCUCAUCAACACCAAGGUCGACCCCUGCACCUCGAAUUUGCCAGGCAUGUGCCCCAUGACGUCUGGCAAGAUGAACAACCCCUUCAAGUUGCCGGUGACGAAGGAAGCGUUGGCCCAAAUUCCGUCGAUCGCGUAUACCUUCCCGGAUUUGGAUGCGACUGUCCAGGUGUACAUCAACCGGACUGAUGGAGACCACGCUGGCGAGAGUAUUGCAUGCGUGGAAGCGAACAUCUCGAACGGGAUGACGGUGGAUCUUACCGGUGUGAAAUGGGCAUCGGCAGCUGUGGCCGGCCUGGCGCUCGUCUCUUCGGCCAUCAUCAACGGCCUGGGCUUUUCGAACGCUGCCUCGCACAUUGCAUCCAAUGCACUGUCUCUCUUCGGCUACUUCCAGGCUCAAGCCAUGCUCGGGCUGUGCGCCGUGCCUCUCCCCCCAGUGGUGAAAUCGUGGACCCAGGAUUUCCAAUGGAGUAUGGGGAUCAUCAAAACCGACUUCAUGCAGGAUAUUCUUACCUGGUACCAGCGCUCGACGGGUGGUACUCCCUCCACCAUUCUCGAUACCCUCCAUACGGUUUCGGUUCAGGUUGAGAAGGUCAAACGGUCGCUACCGGUUGUGGAGUCUGCGACCGGCCUUGCCCAACGGUCGGCGGGUGGGAUUGCUAAACGCGCCACGGAGACGUCGUACGGCAGUUACAUCGUCUACGGUAUUCAGAGGGUGGCGUUCCGGGCCGGCAUUGAGACCACAAACCUUUUCUUAACAGGACUUGUUUUCUUCUGGAUCUUCAUGGUGUUUGCGGCCCUUGGCGUGGUUCUCUUCAAGGCGAUCUGCGAGGGCCUUGUCAAGGCAAAGAUGAUGCAGAACGACACCUUUUCUGAGUUCCGCGCCGGGUGGUUGACGGUUCUCAAAGGCGUGCUUUACCGAUGGCUUCUUAUCGGUUUCCCGCAGAUCACCAUCUUUUGCCUGUGGGAGUUUACGCAGAACGACUCCGGCGCGGCGAUGGUGCUUGCCGUGUUUUUCCUUUUUGGUACUAUUAUCGCUUUGAGUCAUGCCUCAUACAAGGUAAUCCGCACCGCUCGACGCUCGGUCGCCCUUCACCGGAACCCGGCCUACAUUCUCUUCUCCGACCCACAUGCGUUGAAUAAGUGGGGGUUUCUUUACGUGCAAUUUAGGGCGUCGGCGUACUACUUCAUUGUGCCGGUUCUAGUCUACACUCUGGUCAAGGGGAUGUUCAUUGCCUUUGCUCAAAAAUCGGGCACCGUUCAGGCUGUGGCUCUGAUUAUCAUCGAAGCGGUCGCCCUUAUCUCGGCGUCCGUGUUACGACCGUGGAUGGACAAGAGCACCAACUCUUUCAACAUUGCGAUUUGCGCCAUGAACUUCAUCAACUCCAUCUUUUUAUUUGUUUUUACAGACGUGUUUGGUUUGCCUCGGCUGGUAAUCGGCGUCGUGGGCGUGGUACUCUGGAUUGGCAACGCUGCUUUUGCGCUCAUCCUUCUCCUCAUGCUGAUCAUCACGACGGGCAUUGUCCUUUUCCACAACAACCCGGACACGCGGUACCAAUUUAUGAACGACGAUCGUACGUCCUUCAUGAAAUCACAGACGCAUCUCGGCAACACAAACGAACUGGAUGCUCUUGGUGUUACCGCUCGUGGCGACGGCAAACUUAUGAAGCGCACGGAGCUCGAGGACGACGACGAAUCUGCCAUGUCAACCCCCGCCAACAUGGCCGCCCGCGCUGGCUCUCCGCACUCGGGCCCGUACUCAACCCGCGAUUCGGGGCGGGACUCUGCCCGAAAUUCGAUCCGCAGUUCGUAUCGCGCGCCAGUAGAUCCUGUAUCGGGGACGUAUCCAGCCGAGCCACAGCACUUGAGGAAUAGGGCUAGUGGUAGCAUCCGGGCACCAAGCCCCUUUGGAGUGACGGGGUCAUCGACAAACCUCACGAAUUCGGGGAGCCACUCGACUGGAGGGCAAAGUGGGCCAAAACCAGCAGCUGGGCCAAGGUUAGUUCAUAAAUCCGCCGCGUAA